AUGCCAGGACAUCUUAGCUUCCUUCAGGCCAACGUAAACCACUCAGCUGCGGCUCAGGAUCUCUUCCUGCAGACCGUGGCGGAGUGGAGUGUUGACGUGGCGGUGGUCUCGGAGCCCUAUUACGUUCCUUCUCAGCCACAUUGGGCUGGGGACGACGAGGGCUCCGUCGCCGUUGUGGUGAGGCCAGGCGCUGGACCCCCCCUCAUACCAAGAAUGAGGGGCCCCGGGUACGUGGUGGCGGCUUGGGGAGAGUAUGCCGUCGUCGGGAUUUACUUCUCCCCAAAUCGCAAUCUAGCCGCCCUAGAGCAGUUCCUCGAUGCUCUAGGGCCGCUGAUCAGGAGGCUAGCCCCCCUCCCCGUCAUAGUGGCAGGGGACUUCAACGCCAAGUCCUCGGCGUGGGGUUCCCCGGUCACCGAUCCGAAGGGGAGGGAAGUAGAGGAGUGGGCUUUAGCCUCGGGACUGUCCCUAUUGAACACAGGGACAGUCCAGACUUGCGUGCGACGGACGGGCGGUUCAGUGGUGGACUUGUCGUUCGCCACUCCCGCCGUCGCGCGCAGAGUGGAGGGGUGGAAGGUGGUAACGGAGGUGGAGACGCUCUCGGACCAUCGAUAUAUACGGUUCGAGGUGUCUCCAGCCUCCACAUCGAGUCCAGCGUCUCGGUUCAGGGGGCAAAGUGUGUUCCCGCGUUGGGCAAUCUCUAAGCUCAACCGGGAGCUUGCAGAAGAGGCGGCUAUUGUCGGCCGCUGGAGCUUCCCGUCGUCACAGGCUAUGGGGGUGGACGAGUUGGCUGGCUGUUUCGGCAAGGUCUUACACAGCGUUUGCCGAACAGCCAUGCCUAGAGUUUGGGGUCCUCCCCCGCCUCGGCGGGUAGUAUACUGGUGGUCGACAGAAUUGGCCGACCUUCGCGCCGCCUGCAAUGCGGCGCGUCGCGCCUAUUGUCGCAGCAGGCGGCGCCGCCCCCAGGACGUGGAGCGUGAUGACCGGCUGUACAGGGUCUACCGGGCAAAACGGGAGAUCCUGCAGUUGGCCAUCAGUCGGGCCAAGGAGCGAGCAUGGCUGGAGCUAGUGGAGGGGCUCGAAAACGACCCCUGGGGCCGACCUCGGCCCCCUUAA